GUGUGUUGUUCGGAAUUCGGAAUUCGGAAAAAGGUGAAAGGGAUUUACGGGAGGAGAGGACUGUGAGGAGAUAGGUCGACAGACAGAGGUGAAUUUUGAGGAAAGAGAAAGAGAGCGAGAGAGUGCGUGGGUGUCUUGCGUUGUGUUCUGUGUGUCUCUCUCUUUCCGUCUCCCUCCCUGUCUAUCUGUCUCGUUCCUCUUCUUUUUUUUUUUUUUUUUUUUGUCUUUCCGCGGCUCCCUGCAAAUUUCAAUUCCAGCUUCCCCGAGUUUCCACCGCAGAUCUUCCCUCUCUUUCUCUUCCCUAUCUCUCAUCCUCCUCGUCGCCGGCGAUGGGUAUUUGGGAAGCUUUGCUCAAUUGGCUCCGCAGUCUCUUUUUCAAGCAGGAGAUGGAGCUGUCCCUGAUAGGGCUUCAGAAUGCCGGAAAGACUUCUCUUGUUAAUGUCGUGGCUACCGGUGGAUAUAGUGAAGACAUGAUCCCAACGGUGGGAUUCAACAUGAGGAAAGUAACAAAAGGAAAUGUCACCAUUAAGUUGUGGGAUCUUGGUGGUCAACCUAGGUUCCGCAGUAUGUGGGAGCGAUAUUGCCGUGCGGUCUCAGCUAUUGUGUAUGUGGUUGAUGCUGCUGAUCAUGAUAACUUGAGCAUCUCAAGGAGUGAGCUGCAUGACUUGCUGAGCAAACCAUCCCUCAGUGGCAUCCCAUUAUUGGUCCUUGGAAACAAGAUAGACAAGUCAGGAGCUCUGUCUAAGCAGGCUUUAACUGAUGAGAUGGGGCUGAAGUCGAUAACGGACAGGGAAGUUUGCUGCUUCAUGAUCUCGUGCAAGAACUCGACAAACAUAGAUUCUGUGAUUGAUUGGCUUGUAAAGCAUUCCAAGUCGAAGAAUUAAUAAAACGGCUAUUGCCUGUCAGAUUGUUCAUCCAGGCUUUUGUGGCGUCUGUGAGGUAAUUGAAGUUGCAAGGUUACAGGGAUGUAUCGUUCGCUUGGCGGCAACCUAAGUUUACCUCUUCUGAUUGUUUUAAGUAGGUUCUUCUUCUUCUUUGGCCUUCAUUAUGGGUUGUUUGACUGAGAUGGUUAUGGGUGUAUAUUAGAUUAUGGACAUAUUCUUGUCUGAUUUGUAAGGAUGCCUGUGGUUUCUUCUGUGUAUUGUCAUUUCAUAAAUCUUCCAACUAUUUGACAAGAAUGUUGUGUUCUCAGUUCAUAACUAGCAGGCGGCGACCUAUGAUUCCCAGUUAUAAAUACCUUUUUAAAAGUGUUGAGCUUUGGCAUCUCGCUUUACUAGAAUUUGAUUUAUUAAU